GUGGAUGAGAGUGAGAGGUUAUUUAUUUCGUGAUUUGUGUUGUUAAUUUUGUGGAUAAAGUUUUCAUUUCAACUAUUUAAUAAGUCGAAAUACUUUAACAAUGUUAACACGUAAUUGGCGAAUCUUAAGUCGUCAAUAUUCACAAGCUGUUACUUUCAGAACCAAUGAAUCAUCUCCACAACAACAUAAUGAAAAACAAACUGGACUAUUUUAUACCUUGAAUCAAGACACUUGUAAAAGCUUAUUUUCCAAUGGUGGAUUUCCUAAAAGUUUCUUGAAGCAAACCAAAACAUUUACUGAGACUGCAAUUAUGAUUCGACAACCUGCGUUAGACCUAAUUAAUUGCAUCAAAUCCACAAAUUUUGAUGCACCUGUUAUUAGAUAUGUCCUCUAUGGUGAAAAGGGUAGUGGUAAAUCUCUUACAAUGGCGCAUAUGAUUCAUUAUGCUCAUGAAGACGGCUAUUUAAUAUUACAUGUACCAUGGGUAUCAGAGUGGUUGCGCCGAGUGCCUAGGCACAAAGAAAUGUCUAACUCCCAGACACACGAAGGAUUCGUUGAUUUACCAUUAGAUGCAGCAGCAUGGCUCAUUCAUUUCAAAACUCAAAAUCAAGCUCUUUUGAAAGCAGGAGAGCUGAAAGUGUCUGAAGAGUAUGUUUGGAGUAAGAGAGAAAAAACUGAAGUUGGUGCACCAUUAUCUGAACUGGUAGAACAUGGAAUAACUCGCGUCAAAUAUGCAUGUGAUGUAAUUUAUGCAUUAGUUCGUGAAAUUAAGACCUUGUCUAAUAAGAAACAAUGCAAAACCUUUGUAGCUGUAGAUGGAUUCAACAGUUUUUUCUAUCCUCUGACAAGAUUAAACACUCCAACUAAAAGGAAGGUCAAACCUGAAGAAGUUACCCUUACUACAACUUUCUUAGAAUUAACAAAAAACGAUUGGACCAAUGGAGUGAUUUUACUCAGUGCAGAUCAACUGGCUGUUCCUGAUGAUCACCAAGAGAGCUACUUUCCUAGAUAUUUGCUAAGAAAAAAGGGCUUUGAGCAUUUAGAUCCAUUUGUACCCAUAGAAGUGGGAAGAUAUACAGAAAAAGAAUUUCUCUCUUGUGCAAGUUAUUAUAGAGAUAGACUAUGGCUCCGUGGUCCACCAGAAACAGAGAUAGAAUUGAAGUUUACCAGUGCUUCCAAUCCAUACAAGUUUAUGGAACAAUGUGCACCUUUAUAAAUACAGUUCAAUCAAAAGUAUAAAUAUACAGUAAAUAAAGAAAUUUAAUGGU